AUGCCGACAGUGACACUCCGUCCACCUGUGCGUGAUCGGGCAACCAUCAGCACAAAUGGUAAUCCGAUGCCAUCACUCGUCCAGACCCCUUCCGGUCUAGCCAUGAUGGAGCUACAGGGCAUCAUCUCCAGCGAAGAGCCAGAGCUGGAGACAGCGCUCCAUCUCGGCCGACUGGUGUUCCCGCCCGCAGAAGGCGAUGAACAUGGCGAGUGGGAUGGCAAACGAGUCAUGCUGUACGUCGGCGACCAUCAGAGACUGACGGGAGAGGUGAAAAAGCUCGCAAAACCAAUUGCUGUGCUUCGGCGUAGACCUACAUCCUCCAUCGUCGACGAGGAAGUGGAAAUCGCAGAAAUCGUGUACUACAAAAUGCUGUUUGCCCACCGUCCUGAGCCUUUA